AUGAAGGCUGUUGGGUUUUUGGAUAAAGAGAUGGAGGGUGGAUUUGCAGAAUCAACAAGUGUGCCUCCGGAAAGCUCCGCUUACUCGAGCAAUAAUGGAAAUGAUGCAGGCGAUUUUGAAUGCAAUAUUUGCUUUGAAUUAGCUCAAGACCCGAUUGUAACUCUUUGUGGUCAUCUCUUUUGUUGGCCUUGUCUAUACCGAUGGUUGCACCAUCAUUCGCAAUCUCAUGAAUGCCCAGUUUGUAAGGCCAUCAUACAAGAGGAGAAAUUGGUUCCCCUUUAUGGUAGAGGGAAAACACAGAGUGACCCUCGAUCUAAAUCUUAUCCGGGUAUUGAUAUUCCUCAUCGCCCGUCUGGUCAAAGGCCUGAAACUGCCCCUCCUCCAAAUGCAAAUAAUUUACCCAAUUUUGGAUAUGGAAUGGCGGGAGGAUUUAUGCCGACGGGAACUGCAAGGAGUGGUAGCUUUACUUUUUCAACUGCUUUUGGUGGUCUAUCUCUUUUCCCAUCAUUGUUUAAUAUUCAGUUUCAAGGGUUCCCAGAUGCUACUGUGUAUGGAGCAACAUCUGGAUUUCCGUAUGGCUUUCAUGGUUUUCACGGCAACCAUGCACACCGGUUUCCUCCAGCUAGGACUCGAGGGCAGCAGGCAGAUAAUGUUUUGAAAAAUCUCUUCUUUUUCAUUGGUUUCUUGGUGGUCCUCGCUUUGAUUUGGUGGUAA